AUGGAUUGGAAUACACUGUCGGGUGGCGGUGACGCUCCCUCUGCCCCUGCAGCCCAUCAGCAGGGGAUCGCGGUGCUGGAGCAGGAGCUGGCCCAGCUGAAGCUGCCGGACAUCUCGGGUGACUUUCGCAUCCGGCACGUGGGGAAGGUGCACUAUGAGAUCUCCAGUUUGGACCUUCGCAGUUUCCACCUGCCGUACUCGCGGAUUUCCCUGGUCCCCAGCGUGGGCCUGCAGGUCUCCAUCUCCAACGCCUUCGCCGAGGUGGACGGGAACUGGCGGGUGAAGCUGCACUUCAUCCGGGACCACGGCUCGUUUGACCUGAAGGUGGAGAAUGUCUAUAUCAAAAUCAACCUGCAGCUGGGCAGCGACGCCUCCGGGAAACCCACCGCUGACACCUCCGACUGCAGCACCCGCAUCUCCAAAGUCCGAGUACACUUUUCGGGCAAGUUUGGAUGGCUUUACAACCUCUUCCACCGCGCCAUUGAGCCCGCGUUCCGGAGGACCUUGCAGGCCGAGGUCUGCCAGAUCGUGGUCAAGUCCGUGCGCAGCGAGCUGCAGCCGUACCUCCGGACCCUGCCAGUCACAGCCAGGAUAGACGCCAGGGCUGGGAUCGAUUAUUCCUUGGUGGCACCCCCAACUGCUACUGCCCAGUCCCUGGACGUGGACCUGAAGGGCGAAUUCUUCUCUCUGGCCCACCGCUCCGCCGUCCCCUUCGCUCCGCUGCCGCUGGCCUUCCCACCGGAUCACGACCGCAUGGUUUACUUCGGGGCCUCCAGCUACUUCUUCAACACAGCCGGCCGCGCCUACCACAGCGCCGGGGCGCUGGUCUUCGAGAUCACAGACUCCAUGAUCCCGAAGGGUGUUGAAUUCCACCUGAACACCACCACCUUCUCAGCCUUCAUUCCCCAGCUCGAGAGGAUGUACCCGGACAUGCUGAUGAAGCUCAGGCUCUCGGCCCCCUCCGCCCCCUUCCUGGACAUUGGGCCAGAGGGGCUCUCACUCAGGCCUGUCGUGGACAUCCAGGCUUACGCCAUCCUUCCCAACUCCAGCCUGGCUCCUCUCUUCCUCCUCAGCCUGACAGGCAAUGUCUCGGCCGUCAUGGAUGUGAAAUCCGGCCACAUAGUCGGGAGCCUGAAGGUGGGCAGGAUGAGGCUCUCUCUGAAGCAUUCGGAUGUCGGCACUUUCCAGGUGCGAAUGCUGCAGUCCAUAAUGAACAUCCUUGCUUCCAAUAUCCUGCUCCCGCGUCUUAAUGCCAGGUUAGAUGAGGGUUUCCCUCUGCCGCUGCCGGACAGAAUCCAGCUCUCCAACACCCUCGUGAGGUUUUACCCGGUGAGUGAGGGGCAGCACCCGGCCCGGCUGGAGCCCGCUACGCCGCCACGAGGAGGCUGCGACAAGACAGGGAAACAAGCUGUUAGCAAUAAUUACUACAAGGCUAACUGGCACGAGCUGCAGCCUCCCUGGAUGUGA